GGACAGCCAGCCGCCCCGGCAGCACGCAGCCCGCUGCACCUCAUCGGCAUCAGUGUUAGUGUUUUGAUGACGUAACCUGAGACAGAAACAGACAAAUUUUCACCGAGACGCUUCACAUCGGAACACCUGAGAUGGAGUGACGCGGCUUUCUCCGGGCGGACUUUAAAUAUCUCCGAGCCUCCUCCCGGCCGCAUCCACGGCUUCUUUUCGGCAGCUUUGAUUCCGUCACAUGGACACCUGUUACCGUCAGAUUCACACCUGCACGCAGCGUCGCCGCGGACCUUCCGAUAACCGCCACCAAGCUCCCACUGAGAUGGCCCGAGCACAGACCGUUCAGAGCGCCGGAGAGACCCCUGCAGGAGGAAACUCCUCUCUUCCGUGCCACAACACCUGCCGCGUGGAGCUGCCUUGCCCCCUCCACACCUGGCCCGGGAUGCUCACCAGUACCACCACCAGCACCAGCACCAGCACCUCCUUGUCCUCCUCUGGGACUGGCACCGGUGCCAUACACAUCCACCAUCAUCACCAUCACCAUCAUCACCUGCAGCCCGUGCAGGCUCUCUAUCUGUCGUACCCGCUGCCGUACUCCCACCCAGAGGACCAGGGCGAGCCCCGUAAUCACCAGCAGUUACCUGCGGCGUCCCCAUCGUCUCCUGGUGGGAGGCUCUCAGGAGAGCAGUCAGGCUCAGGCAGACGGGCGUACCAGCGGGCCUCCGGCCGGCAGCGACCUCGGAAUAACAUGCUGCCUCAAAACGAGCAGCCACCCUGGGCCUCGCCUCACCACCGAGUCCCUGGGGGGGACGCAGAGCAGGAGCUGCAGAUCAGGAGAGUGGCGAACCAGCUGAGGGCAAUUGGAGAUGAACUGAACGCCACGCUCCUGCGCAGAGCGCACGUUGGGCCUCAGUGGCAGGACUUCAGAGACAUCUGCCGAGGACUCCUCAGCUUCAUCACCCAGACGCUCAGCACUCUCUACAGGCUCACAUAGACACCUGUCUCACCUGCUGAGGGUUUGCUUUUUCACUCUGUGGACUUGUUGUAGUGAAUAAGACAACCCGGAUUGGGUGCUGCGCUGCUCCUCGUCAGAGGUUACACCAGGAGGUGCCACUGAGAACGUUUGCUUGAACAAAGGAGAAGUUGGGAAGCUGAAAUCAGCAGCUGGAUCGGGAUCGCUCCCUGUGGAAGCCGGACCUGUCUGACUGCCUGUCAUCGGUCUGUCGGCCCAUCUGCUGGCACAGACCGGCGCCGACAGACCGACCUGUAGAUUUUGUAAAACUGUUAUUUUUUUUCUCCUUGUCCUGUCUCGGGGUCAGCUGUUUAUGUAGCAGGUGUGACUCGGUGUGUGUGUGUGUAUGUGUGUGUGUGUGUGCGUGCACGUGGCUGACGGGGGUCAAACUGAAGCUGAGAGGUCUCUUCGGCCUCCCGUUUACACGAGAACGGCGUGAAAACGAUACUUUUCGAAAACGUUCUCGUGUAAAUGGAGCCUGAAUCCACUGUGGCCGCUUUUCAACUGACAGGGUGCCGGUGCCGGUGCCAGCAUUUGAACCCUUCAGCGGUUUUUCCACUUUGAACACACUUGGUGCUCAGCUGAAAAACGGGUUCAACUCCGGCCCCGCAAACUAACUGGUCUCGAACCAGGAACCCGUGCCGAAAGCGGCAGAAGGGCGUGACUCUCAACAUCAAGUUUUCUACCAUAUUACAUGUGUAUUACAGGAGAAAAGAGAAGCAAUUUUCACGGCUGUGAAUUAGGUU